GCGCUGCGCGGCGCGGGACGGGCGGGAUGGGGCGGCACGGCACGGAGCGGCUCGGGGUGGAACGGCGUGGAGGGGCGCGAGGGUGCGGGCUGCGGGCGGGUGUCCGUGCUGACCGCAACCCGCUCCGUGAGCACCGGCAACGCGCCCCGAGUGCGUGCGCUGCGGGUGCGUGGGCCGUGAUGUGCCCCCGGUGCACGCACAGCCCCAGUGCGCACCUCCCCGCUUCUAUGGACGCCCGCUGGUUGUGCCCGCACGGAGGGGGCACCCUGCAGGGCGCACACCUGUUCACAACGCGGGUUGCACACACACCCCCCGAUGCCCGCAGUGGGAUGCACGCACACUUGCUUUGGCACGCACACAUGGUGUGCUCACGCCGUCAGCACAGGGCGCAGUGCUGGGGUCCGUGCAGCUGGCACAGGGAGCUGCUUUGGUGUUGGGGCAAUGAGGCCGUGCGUGCUGCUGAGGCACUCCUUUUGGGAAAGGACCAGCAAGGAGCAGCGCUGUGAUUCUGCGAUGGGAGGGUCACCAUCCACGUGUGGGCACGAGGAUGGAGCUGGAGGCCCUGGGAUGCUGGGUGUCUGCAGGCAGCACACAAUCAGCAGCGAGCACCCCCAGCAGCAAGCCGUGAGGCUUUGCUGUGCCCUUCCAUUCACGUCAGAGGAGUUUAAGCACAGCCCAAGCCCCAAAAGGCUGUAAAAAGGUCCACCCUGAGCACUGUGGGGGCUUUGAGGGAGCAGGGACCACCCCCUGGACAGCCACAGAGCAGAGCAGUGUGGCCAUCAGUCAGACCCUGCAGCAGCUCCGCUCCCUUCUCACAGCGUGCAGGGGCUCCCGGAGCCUCGCACACCUCUGCACAGCCACACAGCUCCACGGAACACGGCCUGGAGCCCAGCACAUGCAUGCAAGAUCCCACCGGAUGCCACCAGCUUUCUCUAAGCACGGGGCUGUGCCAGCCAUUGGCAAAUCCCGUACUGCACGGCGUUCCAGGGAGCAAUGGCCCCGUGCUGGGCUGGGGGGAGGCAUCUGUUCCACAGCACCAUGGGGCUUUGCUAAAUAGGUCACUGCUUUUUUUAUAGUCUCCAGGAUCUAGAAAAACCAGUUGUUCCAGACUGCUGGCGGACCUGGCAACGUGGUGGUGGCGGUGGCGGAUCCCCAGGUGCUCUCACUGCCGUUCUCCCCGCUGUCCUCAGCCGAGAGGGUCACAGUGUGAGCGGGAUGAGUGGUGGAUCCCUGAGCAGCACACUGGGUGUGGCUGUGGAACAGGCAGAGAAUGUAGCCCGGACCAUGGGGAUGAGCUGCUGAAAUCUCCGGGGAUCAGCAGGACAAUGCCAGUGGGAGCAUUGUGCUGACGGCUCUGCAAACGCUGGCACCGGCUCCGGGCCAGCAGCGCCCUAUAAAAGCUGAGCCGCUGAAGUAGGCAGACAUGACAUGGGCGAAGCAGCUGUACCGCCUGAGCUAGACACCUUUCCAGCAGCAAAGAUGGCUCAGACAAACCCUCUGCCUGUCCCCAUGGGCCCAUGGAAGAGCGUUCGGAGCAGAGGCCGGGAGAACCGCCAGCCGCAGCCCUGCCACCUGCCCGUCCCAGAAGGGCUCCACUCCUCUCUCCGGACGGUGCUGCUGCCCCAGGAACUGACCUUAGGGAUAACUGUGUAUGACCAAGAAAACUUCCAGGGCAAGAGGAUGGAGUUCACCUCAGCCUGUCCAAACAUCAUGGAAUGUGGUUUCGACAACAUUCGCUCCCUAAAGGUGGAAUGUGGCGCCUGGGUUGGUUACGAGCACACCGGCUUCUGCGGGCAGCAGUUCAUCCUGGAGAGGGGCGAGUACCCACGCUGGGACGCCUGGAGCGGCAGCAAUGCUUACCACAUCGAGCGCCUGAUGUCCUUCCGCCCCGUCUGCUCUGCUAAUCACAAGGAAUCCAAGAUCACUGUCUACGAGAAAGACAACUUCAUCGGCCGCCAGUGGGAGAUCAGCGACGACUACCCCUCGCUGCAGGCCAUGGGCUGGGCCAACAACGAAGUGGGCUCCAUGAAGAUCCCCUGCGGCGCCUGGGUUUGCUACCAGUACCCUGGGUACCGUGGCUACCAGUACGUCCUGGAGGCCGACCACCACGGGGGAGACUACAAGCACUGGAGAGAGUGGGGCUCGCACGCCCAGACCUCCCAGAUCCAGUCCAUCAGGCGCAUCCAGCAGUAGCUGCCCGGCGCCCGGCCCCACGUCUGAGCACAUCUUUGCAAGGUUUCUAAAGCUCACCGGCUCCCUUUUGGUGCUAAUAAUCCCCUCCUGAAAUAACAACCCCUUCUUGUACUGCAACUGCUUGAUGGAACAACACUUCUAAACGGUACCAGCUGCCACAACUGCCAAUAAAUAAAUGUGACUGAAAGAAAAAGAUAAAAUGGCCUGAUGGGUGUUUGCUGUCGCGCGUUGAAGUCACACAUCCCCAUCCCGCCCCAUGCCCUGUGCUCACACCCCCACGGCCACGGGCACUGUGGGUUCCCUGUGCCUCGGGGCCAGGGGAUGCUCCCUCAGAGUACAAAAAGAGACACACCAACACCCAUAAACUUUAAUUUUUUUAUUCAACGAUUUACAUCACUUAUUGUCCAUCUUAACGUAUUCGAUCUACACAAUUUUUUUUUUCCUGAUAAAAUAAUAAAAUUUGGAUAAAUUUUGAAGACCUGUUGGUGCAGAAUAAACAAAAUUCAGGUAACUUUUUUUUUUUUUUCCUUUAAUUAUUUUUUAAAACAUUUAGUGUGAAGUAUGACAUCAUUGGUAAAGAUACAUCAUGCCAUUACAGCUCAUGGACAUUCCCUAUCCUUACAGUCCGUGACUCCGCCCGCCCCAGACGCAGCUCAGCAGGUUGCACGCUCACUCCUACUGCUGCCCUCUCACCAUUGGGAAAAUGCUCCUGUUUCAGCCGGGCACACCGAGUGUGUGAACCCAUUCAAACAGACCGGGAAGGGGAGAAGAAAACGAAACCAACCUUGACCAUUUCAACGUGGACAACAAAGAGGGGCUGCCCCUCUCCGCGGGUCAGAGGUAACUCAGCUCCUGAGCAGCUAGAGCGCAACCCCUGGUGGUUUUAACAUGGGGAACUGAAGGAUGUGAGAGCUACGGGCAGGGCAGGAGGGGCCGAGCUGGGCCCUGCUCCAUCCCACAGCUCUCUACACUGCUGCUAACACUGAAGUAUUUGGGGAGGGGGAGAGAGGGGCAUCUGUCCCCCCAGUAAACAAGUUGAGGCCCUUCGGAAGCGUGCAAGCUGCCGAAGGUGUGUAAGUACACGUGUGAUGGUAGAUAGAUAGAAAAGCAGCCCUGUUCGGUAUGAAAAAAGCCGUCAAGUUAGUACAGGUUUCUGCCAUGGCGAAGGAAACGUAAGGAGAAAGGUGCCGGGGUCCUCCUCCCAACUCCAGCCUUCCCCACAAGGGGCUCAGCCACACGCCUGCAGAGCCGGCACCUGUAGCCCAACACACGUCACUCACGAGAACAAAACCAAGAGCAGCUCUUACCCCACUGCCGCACACACACACACACCCCUCACUGCGGGCACAACACCCUGCAUGAGGGGCAGAGGGCUGCCAUGUGCCAACAGCCCACAGUGCUCCAUGCCCUCCUCUGGCACAAGGGCAUGGUCACCGUGCAGAGACACGGAGCAUGCGUUGACCCAAUGGCACGGAGCAUGCCCAGCAAGCCAGCUCGCCCCUCUCCCUCCAAUUACUAAAGUAGGCUCUUUAAAAUAAAAAAAUAAUAUAUAUAUUUAUAUAGAUAUACAGAGAGAGAGAGAGACAGAGAAAGCAAAGAGAGACAGGCUACUGAACUGAAGAAGCGCCAGUUUUCUGCUACGCUGUCAGCAAAGAGCUGUCACCUUGCAUCAUGCCCUCCGCGGUGGGAAGAUAACGCAGGCAACGACAGCAUGGGAAUGCAAAGAGGGCAGAUAAGUCACUUCUGGUAAUGAGACACAAAUUAAACUUUCAAAACAUGUGCAUAGCUUUAUUCAUCUGCUUCAAACGAACCUUUUCACAGAGCUUCAGCGAAACCCGAGUGUGCAAAAUGCAUUUCUAAAAAAUAACGCAAGCAAGCUUUCACAUUGACAGUGGCAGAAGUACAGAGAGACUGAGGGAGAGCGCAUGGGAGGGCAAGGAGAGAGGUGAGGGAACAGGAAUUGCACAGCUUCACAUCCCAAGUCACUGACUGCACGCUCCACACCUCUACUUGGGCAACGCACGGCGCAUUUACUUUUCCUUUAAGAAAAGAACAAAUGGGCAAAAAACCCCACAGUAAUGUGAACCACAACGUGGAAGGGAGCAAAGCCCUGUGCCACGGAGACCCCGGCGGCCGCAGAGAACCCCGACCCCAAAGGAGGGCUGGUUUUGGACCUCCGCUCAUUUCUGUCUGUGGAACAGCAAAGCAGAUCCUCUUCCUCCCUCCCCGGACCCUCGGAAGCCGCGCCAACAGGUCGUGUUUGGAAGGACACGUCCCAGCUGUAGGACAGCCUCUGCCCGCCGCCCCACGCUGCGGCUGAGCACACACACAAGGCACGUUCAGGAUACGCACACACCUGGGUGUGUAAGAGAGCAAACGCUGGGCAAAAGAUGGCACUGACAGAGGGAAAUCCCGGUAUUUGUAAUCCCAAAGCGUUAUUCCUAUGCUCCUUCGGACCCUCCUGACUCUUCCCUUAUGCCAGGGCUCCUGUGAGGAUCUCCAUAGCAUCGGCUCUCCCUUCCUGAAGUCCCGUGGACCCCCCCUGGGGCGGAAGGCUGUGCAGUCCGAGCAUCGCUGCUUUGCUUCUAGCCAACUUCACACUGGGAUAAAGCAUGAAAAAGAUAUAUAUAUAUAUAGAUAGACAGAUUUUUUUUUUUCUUUUUCAGAGAUGACCGAUUUCCUUCCAUAGAUGUAUUCGGAUAGAAAACAAAACACUACAACCAGCGAUGAGACAAGAGCUCAAUGAGAUUUCGGACCUUCCGAGCACCCAGGCGUCUUCCCCACAUCACCACCACGCAGGAAGGAGGAGCUGGGCUGGCGCGACCCUUCCAAUAGCAGCUUGAGAAGAGGAAGGAGAGAGAGAAACGCACAGUGUUCUUCCAAGGUCAGAGUUCUCCUUUGCUUUGCGUUUGCAUAGAAAUCCCCGUGGGUCAGCACCAGGGUCGGGCCGUGGAGGGGGCUGCGUUACGGGAGAGGUCGGCUCUCCUCGGGGAGCUCAGGGGACAAAAGUGCAUCACACAUUCUGGAUUUUGGGGGGUUACGAAUAGCAGCAGCAGCAUUAAUCCGUGAGCGGCUGGAGACUCACUCUCAAACGCAGCAACACUGAAUGAAAUGUCUUCGAGGGAGGUGGGAGGAGGGUCCUUCUCAAAAGGAUAACGUGAAAAUCAGACUGUUCAGCACAGACAACAAGGAGAUCAACCAGAAAUUAAAGACGCGUCAUCUUAUUUACAUUAAAAACAAACCCAACAACAUUGUUGUUAAAAUACCUUAUCGACACCUAAGCAAAAAAAUACGUGUUUUAAGAAUAAAGCCCAAACUCCUAAAGCAGUAUCCAUUUUUGGAUCCCUUAUUUAGCACCUGAGGAAAGACCGUCUGGAAAGCAGUUUCUUGUUGUUUCUCUUAAGAAAACAGUACUUGUACUUCUGCUCAGCGCUCACACGUUUGCAGUACACGAGUUUCAUACCACAGAAAGAAAUGAACUAAUUUUUUUUUUCCUUUUUCUUUUUUUUUUUUUUAAUUUUUUUUUUUUUUUUAAGAUAACUCUACUGGUUACUAAGGCUGUAAGAAAAGGGACACCGCUAUCUUACAAAAUGGCUUUAGAGCUCUGGACGCGCGAUACGAAGCUUUCUGAUUAACAGUCGAGAUUGAUACAGCUCGGCAUCCCCCGGACAAAGCACGGGGGGUCCCGGGGCCUUACCCUGUGUGCGAUACGUAUUGUGCAAAUUCCUAAAGCUCUGGGAUCUCUUGCCAGUGGAGCAGAUUGGGCUCUUCCGCUCCCUUCCCCUCGGUUCUCUGCGCUGGGUUUUGCAGGUGCAAAGGCAGAAACCUUGUUCUCGUGCUGGCCAAAGCCGCGGGGCUCCUUCCCCGGCCACCUCCCAGCCUCACACCUCCGUGUGAAGUUUUGUAGCAGCUUUACAUUGGGUUCAGCCUCGUUCUCUCCCCUCCUGACCUCAGUCAUCUCCCUUGUAAACAGCCUCUGUACAGAAACAAAUGGCUGAGGGCACACAGAUCUCCAGGACAGUGCUCCGGCAGCUCCGCGCACCGCAGCAAUGCAUUGAGAACACCAAAUUGAGAGCAAAAGUGGCACGCAGGAAAGCUCCUGGCUAUGAGCAUCAGUGCUCCAAGCAGCUCCGUGUCAGGGGGAAAGGAUGCUACGUGCCGAGAUGAUGCUCUCCUCAAGGUAAAACAGCAUGCAUCACAGACAUGAUUUUGAAGAUAACUUAUUUUUUUCCCAAGCAGGAAGCAAUUCCUGCCUUGGCUGAGCCAGCUGGUGCUCCCCGGUGCCAACCACUGGCCAUCACAGAGCAGCACGGCUGGGAUCUAGCAGGAAUUGGUUUCUGCUGCGUUUCAAAGCUCACAGCAUCUGGGAAAGGCAAACAGCAGGGCUGACAGGACAGAAAAGGUGAUGGUGAGCAACAGAAACCACGCGCCGGAGCUGGCCACGCCAGCACACAGAUCCCAGAAACUGAAGAGUUUGGAUUUCACAGAUAACGGAGGAGAGUUUACAACAACCAACCCAACCGAACCUCAACACCACAGCGCUGCUGACCCAGCAAACAGGCAUAGAAAACGGAGCACCAAGGGGCAGGGGGCCCAAGGGGCUGCAGGUCCUCGUGCUGCUGCUGGAGGAGCAGCUCUGAGCCCUCCUCAAGCCAUCACCACCAAGUGUGGGGACCGCUUAGUGGCACAUGACCAAGACUUUGCUCAACGGACACCUGCAGGACUUGCUGGAGACGUGGGGAAUCACCAAGCUCCAGUGUGCACCAGAGAUACCCACAGGCUUGUACACCCUUCCAUUGCUCAUGUCAAUAACAAAUCUUGCAAGGGAACCAGGUGGAAAGGACUCGGGGCACCCAUCAUGAGAACCGAGACGUGAAAGCAGCCCUAACCUGAAUUAGUAUCCUCAUCUCUACAAGAAGGAGGUCACCAUCUCACCCUUAGAGCUGCUUUCCAACACUACACAUACAUAAGGGUUUUAAGCUCACUCUGCUCAGUGUAACAAAAGCAAUGGCACAAAUAAACACACGCUCGCGUGACGCCAGCACCAGCAGCCCCAGCCCCACACGCGCUCGCCCCACUGGGCUGUAUUUGGUUUAUGCUACAGUACUAAUACUCUGAAUCCAACCAACCAACCAGGAGUCUCAUCAGUAACACUUUAGCAUUAUUUAAAUGUGCUAAAAUUAGUCACAGCUCAAUUUUCUCAAUUUUCCUUUUUUUUUUUUUUAAACGUUUACACAAAAAUAAUCAGAAAACAGAUUAAAUCUUAAGAUAUUUUUAAUAAGUGCUCAGCAAAGAAUUGUGUGAGGACACAGGGAGGACUGAAGAUGGACAGGGCGAGUUACACGAAGCACAGAGGGAGCUUCCUCUGCAGCCCUGUGUGUCUUGGGGCAAUGCCUGCCUGCCCCGCGGCCCUUCAUCAGCAAGCCAGAGCUACAAGAGCUCCAAGAGGAGCUCCUAUCUGCCUAGUGCUCAGCAGGUGCUGGGAGGACAGCCGGACAACCAGAGGGGUGGUAGGAGAGAGGAUGGUCAGGGAUACAGCAGGAAAGGUGGUGGUUGUGCAUCGGUACCACCGACAGCAUGGGGCCAAGAGAGAGAAUGUCAGAAGGACCCAACCAACCCAACGCAACUCAAUGUAACCCAACACAACGCAACGCAACUCAACGUAACCCAACUCAACUCAACCCAACCAACCCAAUGCUGGGCCCGUGCUUCUUUCUGAGCUUCUACCCAGAAGGCAGACGGGGCUGGGGUAAGGGGCCACACACAUGUAUUUAUUUCUAGGCUCGACGCCCCAGGGAGCGAAACAGGUCUUGGUUUUGUGUUUUUUAAUGGAACCCAGCCCUUAAGGCGACAAGUGACUACACAAGGCAAAUAAAUACACAGCAGAGCCUUAAAGCCAGUAAAACAAACUGGAAGCUUUGCAAACAGCCUUUGCAAACACUUUGCUUUUCAUUUUGUAAAUAAUAAUAGUAAUAAUAAUAAUAAUAAUAAUAAAAGAUUUCUUCUUCCUUACCCCUCCCAGCCCCAUUAUCCAGUUUGUUCAACGCUUUAAAGCUCAGGAAUGCCCUGGCCCUUUUGCAGCAGAGCCAGAGGCAAUUCCCACUUUUGGCAAGCAGUUGGGAGACUCAACAGAAUUCGAAUAGGAACAGAGGAGGACUAGAUGCAGGGCACAUCUGUAAACAUGUUGUACAUCCGCAAGUCACACACACCCGCAAAGGUGAUACAGGUUAUAGGUGAAACAGAACUAUUUGCGACUGGCCAACCACAGAUUUCAGACCUUGGACUGGUACAGAACAUCACUACUAUAUAGCACCAUACCGGGUACGGCACUGUAUAGUACUGUAUACAUAAAUGGAGUAGGCAAUCCGUAGUCAAACUUGUAAAACUAAGCAUUGCAGAAAGCUAGCGGUCUUACAAAAGGUACAGAAUUCAGUUCCAUCGUCCCACCGUGAACCUCAGCGCUUCAUCCAGGAACAAUCUCAUUAAAAGAACAAAAGCAAUUAAAAAAAAAAACAAAAACGCAUGCUACAUACUCGUAGUUCAAAACAAAACGAAACAAAAGCGGAUAAAUCUAAGCACAAGGGGUAGGCAAAAGCUUUGGGCUUCUCUGCUUCCUGUAAUGCCCCCGGGGAUCCAGACUGGUUGGAGAACAGCCCUCUGGUGCCCUCAGUUGGACCCAGGGCACUUCCACCUUUCCACCUUCACCAACCCAGGAACCACCAGCCUGGAUGGCCGGGACGUGCUGCGAUGGGACAGAGCGGGUUACACAGCACCACUGCCUGAAAGCUCUCCUUCUGGUUGGAUUUCUUUUCUUUUUUUUUUUUCCUUUUUUUUUUUCUUUUCUUUUUUUCUUUUUUUUUUUUCUUUUUAAAUUAUUUUCAUUCCUAAGUCCUCUUUUUUUUUUUUUUGGUAAUAAAAUAUACUUUUAUUAAGAGAUCAUUAGAAGCAGAGCCCGGAAAUACACAGACUACAUUAAAAUAUAAAAGAGCAUUUCCAAGGGCAGGUGCAGGAAGCCCGGCCAUUGGCGUUCUAUGGACAAAUCGAGGAGGAUUCAAAUUCCCAUUUUUCCUUCUUUUUUUUUUUUUUUUUUUUUUUCAUUUUCCAAUUUUUU